GCCGGGACGCGGCCGGGUGGAUGCGGGCGUCGCGGAGCGGGGGCGCGUGGCGCGCGGUGCUCCCGAGGGCCGGCCACUGCGGGUUCCCGGCGGGGCGCCGCGGGGCUUCCCGCGGUCCCGGGCGCAGGUGGGACGCCCCUGCCGUUGCGGACGAGCUGCGCGGGGAGCCGGACAGAUUCGGGGGCGUCUCCGUGCAGCUGGCGCGGCUCGGGGCGCUGGACCGCCUGGACGCCGCCUCGUUCCGGACGGGCUUGCAGGCUGCAAUACAGCAAUGGAGAUCAGAAGGUAGGAUAGCAGUAUGGCUGCAUAUCCCCAUCCUCCAAAGUCGAUUUAUUGCCCCUGCUGCUUCCCUGGGUUUCUGCUUUCACCAUGCAGAAUCGAAUUCAUCCACGCUGACACUAUGGCUGGGAGAGGGACCCAGCCGAUUACCAGGAUAUGCUACACAUCAACUAGGAGUUGCAGGAGCUGUAUUUGAUGAAAAUACCAGAAAAAUCUUGGUGGUACAAGACCGAAAUAAAUUGAAAAAUAUGUGGAAGUUUCCAGGAGGCCUGUCAGAGCCUGGAGAAGAUAUUGGAGACACAGCAGUUCGAGAAGUUUUUGAAGAGACUGGUAUAAAAUCAGAGUUCAAGUCCCUCCUGAGCAUUCGGCAACAGCACGCCAAUCCUGGAGCUUUUGGGAAGUCAGAUAUGUAUAUCAUCUGUCGCUUAAAGCCAUAUUCAUUCACCAUAAAUUUUUGCCAGCAUGAAUGCUUAAGGUGUGAAUGGAUGGAUCUCAGUGACCUGAUCAAGACUGAAAAUACAACUCCUAUCACCAGCAGAGUCGCUAGGCUGCUGCUCUAUGGGUACAGAGAAGGGUUUGACAAGAUUGAUUUCACCAUGGAAGAACUUCCGGCAGUUUACACAGGCUUGUUCUAUAAACUCUAUCACAAGGAACUGCCAGACAAUUACAGAACUAUGACAGGAAUGGAUUAAACCCAUAUUUGCACAUUUUAA